GAGCCGGUCUGGUCUUCUCCGCUAGGUGUCUUUAUAAACUCUUCUAUAAAAUAAUUUAAAUACAAAGUUUAAUAUGUGGUGACUCGCGCCUCCAUGUUGGUUUGAUCCGGGUCAAAGGUCACCAGCUGUUGAACAAGAUGGCGGCCGCCGUGUUUUGGAGGAAAGCAGAGUUUUUCAGAUCAGCGCGGGCUUCAGUGCACCAGUCAUGGUUCCACAGCUCGGUGCUCCUUCGUCAGCAGUCCGAUUCUCCUCCUCCUCAGUCGGAGUUCUUCCCUCCGGCGGAAGGCGCCAUGUUGCCACCAGGAAGUUUCACCAAUAGAGUGGCGUUCAUCACAGGAGGGGGGACGGGACUGGGCCGAGCCAUGACCACCACCCUGUCACAGCUGGGAGCUCAGUGUGUCAUCGCCAGCAGGAAGUUGGAUGUCCUGCAGAAAACAGCCGAGGAGAUCAGCCGCCAGACUGGAAACAAGGUGACAAACCAGAAUCAGACCGGACUGGACUAGAUCAAAGCAGACUGACCUGGAGCCUCAUGUUCAAAC